AUGCUUAGUCUCUCCAAGAGCUCCUUCAUUACAGCAAUAAAUGCCUGCCACUCUAAAGUAUUUGACACCAUUGUGGGAAAUGACUAUGUGGAAAAGGGCAAUGUGCCAAUGAUACUGGAAGAAAUAACAGAUGAAGGUGAAAAGGAAAUAAAUGAAGAAGUGGUAGAUGGAGAACCAAAAGAAGAGGUUCUUGUGCCGGUGCAAAUCACAGACCGAAUCUUUUUCCUGGAUUUAGCCAACAAGAGGCUGACAACCAUCCCAAGCGAGGUUUUUAAACUAGAAGACCUGGAAGAGGUACAUCUGGAAAGAAAUAUGAUUGAGAGCAUCCCAGAAAGUAUCUAUCAACUGAAGAAUGUAAAAGUUCUUUAUCUGAAUAAGAACAACAUACAAAACAUAUGUGAAAAAGUUGGAGAACUAAAAUGUCUUCACAGCUUGGAUUUGAGCAUGAAUCCACUCUAUCACAGUUCACUGAAUAUCAUCAGUAAAUUGAGGGCACUUCGUCAGCUCAGGUUAUAUGAUGUAAACCUGAAUGAAUUUCCAGUGGAAAUCUGCAAACACCUCCAUCAUUUGGAGUUGCUUGGACUGUCGACAAAUAAUCUAAGUUGCCUUCCUAAAGAAAUAGUCAAUUUGACCAAACUUAAAGAAAUUUAUCUAAAGGGGAACAGAUUUGAAAAUUUUCCCCAGGAACUUUGUCAUCUCUAUAAUCUGGAGAUAAUUGAUCUAGAAAAGAAUAGUCUGAGCCUUAUUCCUGAAGAGAUUUGCUCCCUGGAAAGUUUAACCCAGUUCUUCAUUGCAUAUAACAACCUGACUUCUGUCCCCGAUACGCUGAGUAAGUGCACGAAACUAUCUGUUCUUGAUUUGUCCAGAAACCAUCUGCACAAACUUCCUCGAAGUUUGAAGGAACUGAUAGAAAUGAAGGAAUUUGGUUUGUCUGGGAACGCCCUGGCAAAUUUUCCACGCCAGAUUCGCCGCUGGAGGUCACUCAUUGUGGUUUACAUGAAAAAUUGUGCACUGCAGACGGUGCAUCCUUCUUUUGCCAAGCUAACCAGUAUGAUCUUAUUAGAUCUAAGUGAAAAUCUUCUGGAGGAGUUUCCAAGAGAGAUUUGUGCAAUGGAACAUCUGGAGGUGCUGUGCCUGGAUGACAAUCUGAUAUAUGAGGUACCUCCAGAGGUGUACAGACUUUCUCAACUGAAAUGCCUCAGUCUGACCAGCAACAAGUUCCUCUGGUUCCCUGAAGAAAUAUUUCGUGUUGGAUCACUUGAGAGACUCUACCUGGGACAAGACAAGGGAAUCAAACUUAUAGAGUUGCCAGAAAACAUCAGGCAGUUACAGAAUCUGAAAGAACUGUACCUUGAGAACAACUGUUUGGAGUAUCUUCCACCCUCCAUAGGCUUACUGAAUAGCCUGGAAAUACUUGACUGCCACAAUAACUUUCUUAUAGAGCUGCCGGAUUCCAUAUGCAACCUACAAGGCUUGCAAAACCUGCUAGUUCAUAACAAUCAGUUAUUUCAAGUCCCAGAGAAAUUGGAUAGCCUAGAGAAGCUGCAGGUUAUUUCGCUUGAAGGGAACCCGAUGAUGGACCCGCCAGUAGAAGUUUUUCAGCAAGGGCUGCCAGCCAUAUGGAAGUACUUACAAUACGCAAGACACCGGAAAGCCCAGGCAAUAAAGGUCCAGGCUUGGUGGCGUGGUCUAAUGGUGCGCAAAGGGAUUGGAGUCUAUGCGGAGCUCCUAAAAAUGAUCAAGAAAGUCAAGAAAGAGAAGAAAGAGAAGAAGGCCAAGGAGAAAGACAAAGGAAAGGGGAAAGACAAAGGAAAGGGAAAAGACAAGGGGAAAGACAAGGGGAAAGGCAAGAAGAAAUAG